AUGUCGCCUUCUGUUUCAGGAAAGACCUACAGCAUUGCCUCUAUCCCUGCUGAUGGCAUUGGCCCCGAGGUUAUCGAUGCCGGUAUCGCAGCUCUGAACGCCUUGACAGAUACACUCCAGACCUUCAAGCUGGACUUCAAGCACUAUGAUUGGAGCUCGGAGACAUACAAGAAGACUGGAAAGUACAUCCCUGAUGGUGGACUUGACGAGCUGAAGAAGCACGAUGCCAUUUUCUUUGGAGCUGUUGGUGCCCCAGACGUCCCCGAUCACAUCUCUCUGUGGGGUCUCCGCCUGUCCAUCUGCCAACCCCUCCAGCAAUAUGCCAAUGUGCGCCCAACUAGAGUCUUCCGCGGUACUGAAUCGCCUCUCCGCAACUGCAAGAAUGGAGACCUUGACUGGGUGAUCAUUCGCGAGAACAGCGAGGGCGAAUAUGCCGGUCAGGGUGGUCGCUCCCACCAAGGCAAGGCAUGGGAAGUCGCCACCGAGGUGUCCAUCUUCUCUCGACACGGAACUGAGCGAAUCAUGCGCUUUGCCUUUGAGACUGCUCAGAAGCGCCCGCGGAAGCUCCUGACUGUUGUCACUAAGAGCAAUGCCCAGCGUAACGGCAUGGUUCUCUGGGAUGAGGUCGCCAAGGCAGUUGCUGUGGACUUCCCGGAUGUCACUGUUGACAAGAUGCUUGUCGAUGCUAUGACUACUCGGAUGGUCCUGAAGCCCGAGAGCUUGGAUACGAUUGUGGCGACAAACUUGCACGCGGAUAUUCUCUCCGAUCUUGCUGCUUCGCUGGCUGGCUCUAUUGGUAUCGCUCCUACAUCUAAUCUCGAUCCUACUCGCGAAUUCCCCAGCAUGUUUGAGCCCAUUCACGGCUCUGCCUUCGAUAUCACUGGAAUGGGCAUUUCUAACCCCGUGGCGACUUUCUGGACUGCUGCAGAGAUGCUUGCUUGGUUGGGUGAGGAGGAUGCAUCCAAGAAGUUGUUGGAAUGUGUUGAGAAUGUCUGUGAACAGGGUGUCCUCACUCGCGAUUUGGGUGGAAAGGCAACUACCAAGGAGGUCACCGAUGCUGUUGUUGCGGAGAUCAAGAAACAGCUGGGCUCUAAAUAG